CACGAGGAAGCGGCAGACAAAAACAAGAGAUAGCCUACUACUACGGUAUUAAAACCCCAUUUACGGAUGCUGUGGUUAGCCCUCAAGGUAAAAUCAGUAAUACUGUUUUGAUGCAAGUCUCUUUUUGAUCCCGUUUGGUGUCUUAAUCCAAGAAAGACACAGUUUAACGAGUAACGUUCCUUGAAAGCCUGAGCUGCAGGUAACUAGCCUACGCCCCUGCGUCAGAUAGUGGGUAAGGCUGUACCUCUGUCCUGUCAGUAGUCUCGUUUAACCACCCCAUGCCACAGCAACUAGAAGAAACAUGUCAGCUAAGGAGGGUGGAGACAGUAAAAAUGGUCAACCUGUUUCCAUGUCACCUGAAAGAAUGGCCACCGACAAAAGCAGAGAAAACCAGAACCAGCAUGAAGUGGAGGCGACUGAGGGAACAACAGACACCAGCACAGCUGCAAAAAACUUGGCUCUGCUUAAAGCGCACUCUCUGGAUGUGAAGUUUGAUGUUGGAGAGGAGUAUGACGUCAUAGAGACCAUCGGCACUGGGGCCUACGGCGUUGUUUCAUCUGCCAGGAGAAGGGACAAUGGCCAGCAGGUGGCGAUUAAGAAGAUCUCCAAUGCUUUUGAAGUGGUGACAAACGCCAAACGCACACUGAGAGAGCUGAAGAUUUUGAAGCACUUCAAACAUGACAACAUUAUUGCCAUCAAAGAUAUCCUGCAGCCAAACCUUCCUCACUCUGCCUUCAAGUCUGUGUACGUGGUGCUAGACCUCAUGGAGAGUGACUUGCACCAGAUCAUUCAUUCUGCCCAGACACUCACCUCCGAGCACACACGGUACUUCCUGUACCAGCUCCUCCGUGGCCUUAAAUAUGUGCACUCUGCCAACGUCAUCCACCGCGACCUCAAACCCUCCAACCUGUUGGUGAACGAGAACUGUGAGCUAAAAAUUGGGGACUUCGGAAUGGCGAGGGGUCUGAGUUCACACCCUGAGGAAUCUCAUUCCUUUAUGACUGAAUAUGUGGCGACUCGGUGGUACCGCGCUCCUGAACUCCUCCUGUCUCUGAAUCACUACAGUUUGGCCAUUGAUAUGUGGUCUGUCGGUUGCAUCUUUGCAGAAAUGUUGGGCCGUAAGCAGCUUUUUCCAGGAAAGCACUAUGUCCACCAGCUUCAGCUCAUCCUUUCCGUUUUAGGAACUCCUCCUGAUGGGUUGAUUGGUGCUAUCAGGGCUGACAGAGUUCGCUCCUAUGUUCAGAGUCUUCCAACACGGAUCCCUGUGCCUUUGGAUAAACUUUAUCCACAUGCUGAACCAGAGGCUUUGAGCCUGCUGGGGGCCAUGUUGCACUUUGACCCUCGCGAGCGAAUCAGCGUGACACAAGCACUGGAGCAUCGGUACCUGGCCAAUUACCACGACCAGGAUGAUGAGCCAAUCUGUGUGCCAGCGUUUGACUUUGAAUUUGACAAGCUUCCAAUGAACAAGGAGCAAAUUAAAGAGGCGAUCCUGAUGGAGAUCCAGGACUUUCAUCAAAAUAAACAGAGCUGUCGCCAAAGACUGCAGUUCAGGCCCCUGGCGAGCAGCAACCAGUGCGAUGCGCAGCCCUCGACGGUUAACAUGAGUAAACCGACUCUGGUUCCAAUGACACAACACCCACAAACAGCACAUAUACAGCAGCAGCAAAGGAGAGAAGUGAAAAGUCAACAGCAACAAGAUCAAACACCAGCUAAAGAGAACCACACAUUCAUAGAUCAGAUGAAAAUUUUUACUGAGCCAGAAGUCGCCCCGUCUAAUGUGACCCAUAAUCUGCCUCCCCUCUCGAAAAGUGAAACAGGCCCAGUAGAUGUGGACAUGCCAAGUGCCAACUCAGACAGCGGUCAGCCAGAGACCAUCGACCUAACAACACCAGUGUCUAGUCAGGACACUGCACCAGAAACAAUGAAAGACAGUGAGGUUACAGAGCAGCUCACCAGCAGUCAGGCUCCUCUGACUCAGACCACCCCGAGCCAGUCCAUGACCCAGGCACCCACCUCCAUUCCUGCAACGCCAGCACCCACCAUGACACCCCUGCCUGCCACUGUGCCUUCCCUUUCACUCUCCAUGGCACAGGCCCAGUCACUGUCUCAGUCCCUCUCACAGUCUCUGUCCAAGACUGCCAGGCCUCCUCCAGGUGCAGGAGAGGGAAACAGGAAAGCAAUUUCAGAGGAUACUAAAGCUGCUCUUAAAGCUGCUUUAUUGAAAUCAGCUCUCAGAAAUAAAGCCAGAGAUGGAGUCACCUCUGCUCUGGGCAUUGACUCAGUUGCAGGAGGAGGCAUAUCGUCUUCCCUGUCUUCUGCCUCAGAGUCGCGUCGGCCUGUCACCGCCCAGGAGCGUCAGCGAGAAAGAGAAGAAAAACGCAGGAAGAGGCAGGAACGAGCGAGAGAGCGGGAGAGGAAAGUUAAGGAAAAGGAGAGAAGAGAGGGAAGGCAGGGGGACUCUCUCGGCGGGGUCCUCCUGAGUGACAACGACAAGAGUCUUCUCCAACGUUGGACUCAAAUGAUGGAUAGAUGCAAUGAGAAACCUCAGAUUACCAAUCACGAAGGAGCCAAGAAUAAGGAGUGUAAUGUGAGCUUGCAUCGGGGCAUUGUGAUUGGCGAUAAUACUCAAAGAACACUGAACAUUAAAACAGACAAAGAGGCGAUGAAGAUUCCACCUCACCAACAGUUAAUCUCUCAAGUCAAACCAAACCAGCCGGCUUUGUUUCAGCCUCCAAGCAACCAGCAGCCUUCAGUUCUUUUCCCAGUGAGCCAGAGGAAGUCUCAAGCCGAUAUAGUUGUUUCCGUAAGUGGAGGGCUAGAUAUAAUGACCGUCACUGGUGGCUUUGUUAAGAACACACUCAAACCUCACAGCGGGAGCAAUGGACAGAGUAAUUUUAACUGUUUGGGGAAUUGGAGCGGGCAACAAUUAGAGACAAGGCCGCCACAGCAACCACAACCAAACAGAAAACCACAGCCUCAAACAUCCAGCUUUCUUCAGCCACAGCUUCAACCUCAGCCUGACCCUCAACCUCCGUCCCAGCUCAUUCCUCUGGAGAGGUUUUUGACCAAAGCUCCAACCAGAGAGAAGAACGGAAAUGAGGAUGUCGGAUGCCAAAGUAACCUCAACUCCCACCCUAACGCGCCCUCUGCAAGUGCCGGUCCAAUGGAGAAGCUGUGUCCCUCUGGAGGAGAGAAAUCCGGGCCACAGACCACAAACCCUCUCUGUGGGGCUCUAGGGGUCCCCGCACAACCUCAUCCCAGCCUCGGGUUCACUGAUACUGGACAGCAGGGACCCUCUGUUGCCCCUGACAUUCACACUGUAACACUGCAGCUGUCAAAGUCCCAGGUGGAGGACGUUUUACCCCCUGUGUUCUCGGUCACCCCCAAAGGCAGCGGGGCAGGCUAUGGUGUCGGCUUUGACCUAGACGAUCUUCUCAACCAGUCUCUCACUGAGCUUCAACACUGUGACCGGGACAGUUACGAUUCAGCCCCUCUGUCAGCCUCCCUCCUAUCUGAUUGGAAUGAGGUUCACCGCAUGACUCCGGCUGAUCUGGAAUCACUUCAACAGGAAUUGCAGCUCGGCUCUCCCAUGAUCCUCUCUGACACCAUCCCGCCUGACGCCUGACUUGAGGACAAUGCCUCUAAUUUUUUUUGUACAUGUUACGUCCUUUCUAGCAUGAAAUCUUAGAGUGCAGACUAAUCACAUUAAUUUAAGAAUAGUUCUUUUUAAAUAUAUACCAAUAAACACUGUCUUUUUUACCAUGA